GGAUAUGCGGCUCCAUCUGCAAACCACGUGACCCGGCCUGUCCCCACCCCCCACGUCCUUCGUUCGGCAUGAUGGCUGCGGAUGCUGCUCCCUGCCGCAUCCUGCAUCCUAUCCUCCUCCUCCUCCUCCUCUCGUGGGUCGCAGCUCCCGUCGCGGCUCUGCUCGGCGUCAGGCCCGAGGACACCCAAAGCGGCGAGCUGUCCGUGCAGGAUGGCGUCCUGAGAGCCAGGGAGGGAACUCGCUUCGUGUUGAGGGUUUACUACACGGAGCAUCCCCGCGUGAACCGGAGCGGGGCGGCCGACGUGGUGGCCGCUGCACCGUGGAUCGCCUUCAUCGAGGAGCCGGACCGGGAUGCGGCUCGCUCCAGGGGGAACCCGUGCGAGGAGGAGAGUGCCCGCAGUUCUGACAUUGAGCUACUGGGCUCGUUCAAAUCCGCCUCUAGCCACAACUCGGUUCUGGUGGAGCUUCUCGCCAAGCACCUGCGCCGUGGCGAGGCGGUCAAGUACUACUCCAUGUGCGCCUUCGACGGCGUCAAAUGGGAACACUUGGACACCAGAGACUUUUGGUUAGCGGUGGUGGAGAGACCCGCCGAGGCGGAUGCGUGGCUGCAAGCCGGUGUGUCGGUGCUGCUGCUGGGGCUCUCCGCACUGUGCAGUGGGCUCAACAUCAGCAUGUUGGCGCUGGACCCCGUGGAGCUGCGGGUCCUGCAGAACAGCGGCACCGAGAAGGAGCAGAAGUACGCACGGAAGAUCGAGUCCGUGCGUAAACACGGCAACUACAUCCUGUGCACCGUGGUGCUGGGGAACGUCCUCACCAACACUUGCUUCGUGGUCUGGAUGUGUCAGAUUUUGGGAAUGACCGCCCUUUCCACCGCAUCCUGCACUUUGGGAAUUUUCUUCAUAGGGGAGAUCCUGCCUCAUUCCGUCGCGUCCCGGCACAGCCUCGCCAUCGCGUCCAAGACUCUGUGCGCCACCCGGCUCCUCAUGCUCCUCUUCCUGCCCAUCGCCUACCCGGUCUCCAAGAUCCUGGACUUCCUGCUCCACCAGGAGAUCUCCAGCUUCUACACUCGGGAGAAGCUGGUGGCCAUGUUGCGCGUCACUGACCCGUACCACGACCUGGUCAAGGAGGAGCUCAACAUCAUCCAAGGGGCUCUGGAGCUGAGGACCAAGACGGUGGAGGACGUGCUCACCCCUCUGUCCGACUGCUACAUGCUGUCCUCGGACGCCGCGUUGGACUUUGGCACCGUGUCCGACGUGAUGCAGAGCGGCUUCACGAGGAUCCCGGUGUACGAGAACGAGCGCUCCAACAUCGUGGACAUCCUGUUCGUGAAGGACCUGGCUUUCGUGGACCCGGACGACUGCACCCCGCUCAAGACCAUCACCGAGUUCUACAAGCGCCCCAUGCACUGCGUGUUCAACGACACCAAGCUGGACGUGAUGCUGGAGGAAUUCAAAAGAGGCAAAUCCCACCUGGCUGUGGUGCAGCGGGUUAACAAUGAGGGUGAGGGAGACCCUUUCUAUGAGGUGAUGGGCAUCGUCACCCUGGAGGACGUCAUUGAAGAGAUCAUCAAGUCUGAGAUUGUGGACGAGACAGAUCUUUAUACUGAUAAUAGGACCAAAAGACGGGUAUCGCACCACGAAAGGAAACAGCAAGACUUUUCCAUCUUCAAAGUGGCAGAAAAUGAGCUGAAUGUGAAGAUCUCACCCCAGUUGUUGCUGGCAACACAUCGCUUCUUGGCUACAGAGGUGGAGCCGUUUAGGCCGUGUCACCUGUCAGAGAAGAUCCUGCUCCGUCUCAUCAAACAUCCCAGCGUGGUGCAAGAACUCAAAUUCAAUCCCAAGAACAAACACGCUGCUCAGCACUACCUCUUCCAGAGGAACAAACCCGUUGACUACUUUGUCCUCAUCCUGCAGGGACGGGUGGAGGUAGAAAUCGGAAAGGAGGCCCUCCGCUUUGAAAAUGGCGCAUUUUCCUACUACGGCAUGCCAGCCCUCAUCCCGCCCCUGCCAAUCGGUCAGAGGUACAGCUCUCGAAGUAGUGGUCUGAACCAAUCAGACUCACUGCUGAGUGGUGGCAGUAUUGGUCAGCUCUCAGCGGGAGGGCUCUACUUACCGGACUACUCGGUCCGACAGCUCACAGACCUGCAAAUCAUCAAGAUCAUCAGGACGCACUACCAAAACGCCCUGACGGCCAUGCGGAUGGACAGCUCCCCGCAGACACCGGACCCGGUGGACGCAGACGCUAAAGGGAGGCCGCCCGUCGCAGAGGCGCGCUCCCACAGCAUCGCCCUCCCCGUCACCAGCACCCACACCCGCCUGGGACUGGCACGCCUCGCUCAGCUGCAUCCCCACGCAGGCCUGCGCAACACCUCCUGGCUCAAUGAGAGAAAUCGUAUAGUUCGCAGCAAAUCAGAUGGCCAGCGGAGUCCCAACGACACCGUGUUCCUCCGCAUGGAUGAGAUUCCCUACAUCCAAGAGGAUCGACCAGAGAAUUAUGGAGAAAACGACGUGCCUACAGACUCUCAGCCAUCCACCUCUCCGUAUAUCAGCUCUCGCUCUCUGUCCAGCUCAGAGGAGAACGUCGGGAAGAAGCUCCUACGCAAAUUGAGUAACAAGAGGAGGAAAAAGUCUCGGGAUGGAGAGAGGAGCUUAGAGGAAGGUCUGGAGCAGCCUCCAGUGACAAGCUAGCACACCUCUUAUUUAUUUUUACCUUCCCUCUCUAACCAUCCCCGUCUCAUAGACUCCCUCGAUGCCCCGGCAGCUCCCUCCAGGAGCUGUUAUCGUCAUGUGCUGUAGUUACCAGUGCUCUCAGGUCUCCACGGAUAUUCUGUCCUUAAUCUGCCUCCCUGCACACCUUCUGUGAUUGAGUUCAAAAGGGAACGAUGCGAGGGGGAAAAUGGAACUUGAGGUAAAAAUUCCCAAUAGCAAUAUAUUGGCUUAAUCGGCCUUAGGUGAUGGUUCAAUUCCUUAGUGGGAACUAAAGCCUCUUAUACGACUUUCACACUGAGUUGGUGCCAGUGCCGGUUGGGUAUGUGUGUUAGCGCCAGACUUUUCUGACAUAAAAUGUCCUUAAAAGAACUCGAACAAAAAUGUUUUGGUUUUUUGGGGGCAGGCUGGAACGCAUUACAGUAAUAGCAUUUCCAUUCAUUUUAAUGGGGAAAGAUGAUUUGAAUUAUAAGCGUGGUCACGGAGCAAAUUAAACUCACAUUUAAAGGCACCACUGUAGAUGGGUUCUUUCACACCUUUUUAAACCCCUUCCCUCCUUAUCCAGCAUCUGGACAUAAUCGUCCUGAAAGGAAUGUGCCCUUUUUUUAGAUGCAAAUGAACUGCUGACGCUGGACCCGAAGAAGCUGGUCUCCUCUGUUGUACCAUGUGUUUGUGUAAAGGCUGUUUUGUCUCUCCAAUGUAGAGGUCAAUGCCACUCCUCACUGCUGCAUUGCGCAGCAUAAACAACAUUGUUGAGUGUGCUUCUCGGGAUUUUGUCCUGAGGGUGAACCAGCUUUUGUUUGAGGGUAUUUGUGGGUUUGAAAUGCAUCAGUAUGUUAUAUUUGGAGUUUCUCUGACAAACCAGCAACAUAAGGGACUAUCACAUUCAUUCCUCAGGUUUGGCUGAGACAAAGGCUGAGUUAGGAUAACCACAGUUAGCAACAGCUUUCCUGAUGUGUGUCUGCUCCUUUGUUAUUCCAUUGUCAGGCAAGGAAUCUUCUUUUCUCUGUCGUCAAAAAGGUUCUGAUAACCCGUAACUUGUGUUCUAGUGGGUGAUGGGAGUCAGUGGGAAUUGAAACAGGUCUUUGCGGUACGAAAAGAGAUCCAAACCAGCACGGGUACCACCUCAGUGUGAAAGUGGUAUCAUUUAAGGCAUAAAGUGUCACUAGUAGAGCUUAUAUCUAACUAUGGCAUCAGUCAUCUCAGGCAGAGCCUGUUCUUGUGACCAUUUAGUAGAAUAUACAAAAAAAAAACAUAUGGAUUCUAGUAUGACAAAAUUUCAGUGUGGAAAAACUAUACUAAAAUAAUGGCAUAUAACAGCCUUUUGAAAAAAAAAAUGUUUACAAUCAGCAAAAGAGCGUAUCACAUUCCGCAUUGUUCCAUAUUGUUAUCAGGCGGUUUGCAACUGGAAUUGUUGGCCAAACUCGUGUCAUAAUGGUGCCAUCUACUGCCAAUGCACAAAGAAAAAGAAGAAGAAGAAGAAGAAAAAGAAAAAGCCACUGUCUGUACAGACCAGAGCACAUUUUUUACAGCAGAUUAAAUAAUAAUAAUAAUAAAAAUAAGAGCCAUAUUCUCCUGAACUUGAACAACAGCUAAUUUUAACUCCCGCAGACUUAAGAGGGUCUUGCACAGGUUUCAAAAGGAGCCUUUUUUUUUUUUACCUGUUUGUUUUUAUAUGAUACUUACCAAACAGGACAUGAAAAACAGCAAUAUCUACAGUUGGUUGAUUUCAUUUAGCAUCAGAUACUACUUCUACUACUACUAAUUAUGUCAAUGCAUGUUUUCUGCAAACACUGUUUUCUGUGCUUGUGUAGCUUCACAUGAACUGAUAAUACUAUUGUGUUGCCAUACUAAUAAUAGUGCAAUAAGACAAUUCUAUGCUACUUGAAACAUAGUGGAACCUCUAAAGUCGAAGGCCCUCCAAUGUCGUACAAUUCAGAAUUUGACACAUUUUAUGAAAAAUGUGCUUGUUAAGUGACACAGAACCAGAAUGUAUAAGAAUGUUGCAAAAUAAGAUCGGCAAGGCUCUGAAUCUAAACUUAGAAUUCAUCCAUUCUUUUUUUGUGUGUGUGUUCUCAUGAGGGCUGCAGCUGAGAUGGAGCCUAUCCCAAAUGACUUUGGGCAAGAGGUGGUGUACAUAUUGGACUGGUCACCAGCCAAUCACAGCGCUCUUAUAGACAAACAAGCAUUCAUACUCACAUUCAAACCUACGGACAAUUUACUCUGACAUGCAUGUUUUUGCAAUAUGGAAGAAGCUGGAGUACGUGGAGUAAAGAGAAUAUUCAAACUCCACACAGGAAGGAAGCAGCCAAGAUUCGAACACCGAACCUGCCCCCCGAACUGUAAACACUAUUUCGCCGUGCUGCUGACUUUUAAAAUCUUCCUGACAAAUUAUCCAUAAAAUUGCCCAUUGGUGUGAAUGUGAGUGCCAAUGCCUGUUUGUCGCUAUUGAAAAUGCAUGGACGGUUUUACAAUGGCGACAGUUUGACUCCUCUGUGGGAAUUCUUUUUCAAAGUACCCCCCAAAAAUCAAAGCAUCCCAGAAUGGAUUGUGUUCAACCUUAGAGGUUCCACUGUAUUACAUUUUACACAUUCACAAUGUCCAUGAAAAAAAAUCCACUUUUCAAAGGCUCUUGCAUAAAUGUCAUCCAUCCAAAAUAAUGUAUCGAUUUUUGUAAGCAUGAUGUGCAUAAGUCCAAAUGUUGACAAGGGACAUUAGUUCAUAAUGGCAUCUGUUUUGAUAAAAACAUCAAUAUUUGGCAAUAGUUUCAUCAAAACAUAUCACGACAGGAAGUAUUGCAAUAAUAUUUUGUAACUCUACUUCUUAAAACACAUCACUGAAGCUGCCUACAAAUCAACUAACAAUAAGCUAAAAGUGUUUCGGGAUGUCUUAAGACGAUUAAGCAAAGAGGCAUUAUUUGCAUGUUUGUUUGCUGCCUAUAAAGUAGGAAUGUCCCCUUUAGAGAACCCUGCUGUCCAUAUGCAUGCUGGGGCAGGGGCGGUGCAUGAGUAUAGCAUUACUGCACUAACUUCUCCCCAAAACAGACUCCCUCAAAUCUUAUGCUACUGUCACUCGUGUGUGUGUUCCUCAGAAAAAAAAAAGUAAAAAGUGUUCCUUUAAACGGCAGCUUUAAGUUGCUGUGACAUAUGGAGAUGGAAACUUGUGAGUACAGAUGAGGCUGCCAGAGGCCUUUGAAUACUUACACAAGGACAUUAAAAGCCAUUACUUUGUAUCAUCAGCAAAGGGAGUUAUUCAACUCACUUUCUAAUGAGUGGAUCCGCUCUGGGAGACACUUUAAAGUUGGAUCAAUAUGAGAGAAAAGCAAUAUGACGCACACACUGACGUCAAGCCUCUUUUAAACACAUGCCACAGCCUGAAAAGGGUAGAAAGUACAAAGGAUAAUGCACUGCUCAGCACAUGGAGCACACCGCUCUAUAUACACUAACAAAAAAGGGAACUAAUUUCGAUAUGACUCAUUGACAUAUUUUAUCAUUUUGUCGCUGUCAGGCAGAAUCCUCGCAUCUCCAAAAUCACUAUUAUCCAGGAAAUCAAAAAAGGCCAUCUUGCUUGAGUUAUUAAACACUGCAUUGUUCGAGUUAGUAUUACACAGUACCUCAUAAUGCUAUCAUAUACUGUUGCGCACCAACAUCAACACACUACCACCCAAAAUCAUGAAUCGCUAAUUUAAUUCUUUAAAAAAAAAGUUUUAGCUGUCAUUAAAUACAUUGAUGGGCACCAGCUGCCCACAUCAAUCUGCACUCACUCUAAGCCCCUGAACAGACGAAAAGUCUUAAAUAAAUGACAAAAGCAAAUUACUGUGGUUACAUCAUCUUCCCAAUCUCUUUUUUAAGGUCUUAGAGCCAUGAAUGAUGCAAUAAAUAAAACGAAACAGUAUAUUAGGUGGAGAUGAAUCUGGACAUACUUAACAGUACAUUCAUGGCUAAAAAGUUCCUUCUGCACCAAAGCCUUAUCGGGAUCAAAAACAGGCUGACUCAAAUGGCUCUAACAGCACUAUUUCCACUCAUGUGUUGUAUAAAAACAUUCACACUUUUCAAUUAUGAGGCGACAUAAUGCGCACGGCUCCCACAGAGUGAGGGAAGAGGCUCAAAGAGUUUAAGCAUUCAAGAGUUAAUACAUUUGUUCUCAAGCUAUUUUCAACAGUUUAAAUUAGUUUAUAACGCAUAAAAAUAAGGGACGCGAAGGGACAGACCAAUAGUAUCAAUUUGUGAAAAAAUAUGAAAUUGAGGCGGCACGUUGGAGACUGGUUAGAGCAUCUGCCUCACAGUUCUGAGGACCGGGGUUCAACCCCCAGCCUCGCUUGUGUGGAGUUUGCAUGUUCUCCCCGUGCCUGUGUGGGUUUUCUCCGUGCACUCCGGUUUCCUCCCACAUCCCCAAAACAUCCGUGAUAGGUUAAUUGACAACUCUAAAUUGCCCGUAGGUGUGAAUGUGAGUGUGAAUGGUUGUUUGUUUCUAUGCGCCCUGCGAUUGGCUGGCAACCAGUUCAGGGUGUACCCCGCCUCCUGCCCGAUGAUAGCUGGGAUAGGCUCCAGCACGCCCGCAACCCUUGUGAGGAGAAGCGGCUCAGAAAAUGGAUGGAUGGAUGGAUAUGAAAUUAACCAUAUUUGGACAUAUAAGGUUUCUGUCUGACAGCACAUUUGUAUUAUGUCGUGUAAGUAACCCAAAGAUAAGAAACUGGACAAACCUAACAUACAGUAUAUGUGAACAAAAUAAUUUAUUAUAGAGAACAAAAUAUGCUACUUUGUUGCUUUAUUUAUUUUUAUUUACCAUUAAUACUGAUCUGUUGUAUGUUUAUUUUCUUGUAACAUUUUGUAAUUUGGUUGAUUAUGUAUGCAAGUACUGAAAUAUUAUAGGAAAUGUAACAAACCUAAUAUAUUUAAAGAAAAUAAAUUAUAUGAUACAUUAUGAACAAUAACAUUGUACUAUUUUGGUCUUUUAAUUUUUUUUAU